GUUGCUUCUAACUUCGACCAAUACAACGCAGUUGCUAUUUAACAAUAAUGCUGCUUCCUUCAAUGUUUCACCACCUCAAAACAACACAACAAAUCAACAUGUUAAUCCGAACACUUUUAUUAGGCAACUACAAAGUUAUAUGGGCCUGUAUCCGUUUGUUGACGCUUUAUCGAAAUCUGCAGGGUGGCCGACAACGGCUGCUGAACAACCAAUUCUCUUAUCACAAUUGGGUGAAGAUCCGUCCAUGACAGUAAAAUUAAUGAUGUUGUUUAAAUUACAACAAAACAAAGUGGUUGAAAAGAUUAUCAUGGGAAAUAUUAGUCCUUUCACUCCUUCAUCAGCUCCAAUGGCAAAACAUGAUCACGGUACUCACAAACUCCUUCACUACACGAAUUCAAGAAAUGGAAGAGUCAUUGGUCCAAAUUCAACCAAUACAUCUAGUUCGCCUUCUCUUUCUACUUCUCCUGCUAAGCAAUUAAAAAGACAUAACAGGAUACGUGAAAUGCAAGCAACCAGCUUUAUUUUAUCUAAUUCUGGAGUUGUAUCAGCUGCCACAAAUAGCAUGGGAAAAUGCUAUGCAGAUACAGUAGCCAUAGGAAAUGGAGCAAAGAAACCGGACCUAAUUUAUAUGAAUACUGCUUGCUAG